AGGGCACAGAAUUUAGGGUUCUUGCCAGGGAGAAUGAGGGACGAGCGGCAGCUGCCGCAUCGCAAGCGCACCUUUGAUCGGAUGCUGGGGGACGUCGUUGGCGACGUGGAGGUAGAUAUCGACGGCGAUGUGGAGGUGGAUGUGGAUGUGAGUGGAUUGGAGCAGCACGACAUCGCCGAUACUACCACGAGCAAUGCAGCCCCGGCGGAGAUGGAUUUGGAGGGGUUUGAGUCCGUCAUGGUGGGGGAAUGCGACGACGAGCAGGAGGAAGAGGUGGAGGAGGACGAGGACGAGGAGGAAGAUGAAGAUUAUGCGCUGCGGUUUGAGGGAGAUAUGGACCCGCUGGCCUUUGUGGACGUGGAUCAGAAUGGUGAUCUCCCCUACCAGCAGUUUGAGAGGCUAGAGUAUGAGGCACUGGCGGAGCGAAAGCGCAAGGCUCUCGCGAAGAAGAGAGAAGAGGAGGAGAUGAAUGCCAAAGAAAGUCAGCAGGACAUCUUUGGCGCAGACAUAGACGACAUUUGGAAUGCUUUCGGCCCAAAGCGAAGAAGACGAGCGGGAGAGGCAAAGCGGAAAGGAAGGAAAAAAGUUCCUGGCAUUCCUGGUGCGUCGAGAUUGCCUCCAGAGGUCUCGAGGAAACUGGGAGAAGCUAACUUGCUUUAUGCAACGAGAAAGAACGACGAGGCAAUCGCUCUCCUGAAAGAAGUGGUGCGUCUCGCUCCAAACGCUCCUGAUGCUUAUCACACGCUGGGGCUGCUCUACGACGCAAUGGGAGACCGGAAGAAGGCGCUAAACUUCUAUAUGAUAUGCGCGCACCUCAAGCCGAAAGACGCUGCUCUGUGGAAGCGGCUUGCGUCCUGGUCUACUGAGUUGGGAAAUACAGGACAAGUGAUUCACUGCCUGACCAAAGCAAUAAGGGCCGAUCCUGAUGACAUAGAUGCCAAGUGGGAUCGUGCCUCACUAUACGCUGAAAUACUUGACUUCCAGAAAGCGGCCGACGCGUUUGAACAGAUGCUUGUUUUGCGAUCGAGCGAUGUAGAAGUUUGCAAAAUGGUUGCCAAGAUGCAACACAAGAAUGGGAAUAUCCAACGGGCAACGGAAGUAUUAGAAAAGUUUAUUGACGAGCAUUCUGCUGAAGCGGAUUUUGCUGCGGUGAAUCUCCUGGCUGAGCUUCACAUGGGAAACAGGAAUUACGCUGCAGCUCUAUCUCAGAUAGAUCGUGCACGCCAAAUGUAUUGCCAUGGACAGGCACUACCGCUGGACUUAAGCAUUAAGUCUGGGAUCUGCCACGUUCACUUGGGAAAUUUACUCGCAGCCGAGAGGGACUUCGAGGAUUUACGUAAGGAGGGUCUUGACGAUCUUGCGGACUUGGUGUUGGAUGUUGGAGAUACCUACCUGAGCGUUGGUAGACACCACGACGCUCUUGGAUACUAUAUUAUUCUGGAAGGCAACGAUGCUUAUGAUAACGGGACCCUUUCACUGAAAAUUGCUGAGUGUUACAUGGCGGUCGACGCAUUGGAAGAUGCCAUCCGAGUUUACUAUAGGGUGAUGGAAAAAUUGCCACAACACGUAGACGCUAGGCUAACGCUGGCAUCUCUUCUUUUGAGAUGUUCUAGACUGGAUGAUGCAAUAAAUCUGCUGAAGCCUCCUCAAGUUACAGAUACGUCCGUCUCCGGUCUUUACUGGUGGCAGAACGGAAGAAUAAAGAUGAAGCUUGCAGAAAUUUAUCAUGGCCAAGGGAAGCUUUAUCUGUUUCUGGAGACCAUCUUACCUGCAAUUCAAGAAAGCCUCUAUGUCGAGUCUUUUAACCAAAAGGUGAAAGGAAGAAAACGCUUACCGAAAAGUGUCCUAGCAGAGCGGGCAAAGCUCUUGGAAGACAAGCAAGACGACGAGGUGUUUCAAGGCUUUGGUCCGAUCAUUUCUCGUAAUGAUAGGGCUAAAGCAUCAAGAGCAAAGAAGGUGUUAGCAAAACGCGCAGCCGAGAAAGAGGAAAAGAAAGCAGCAGCACUCGCUGCUGGUAUGGAGUGGGAGUCUGAAGAAGAGUCGGACGGAGCAGAAGCUGAAAUGGAAUUAAAGCAAUCACCACUUCCAAAUCUAUUGAAAGACGACGAACACUAUCAAACGCUGCUUCAGGCAUGCAAGGCUUUAGCAUCCAUCCAACGCUAUUGGGAAGCUUUGGAAGUCAUACAUCACUCGCUAAGGGUGGGAAAUUCGCUAACACCCGAGCAACACGACGAACUUCGAGCCUUGGGAGCCCAAAUAGCUUACAAAACAAGUGAUGCAAGAUAUGGCUACGAGUGUGCGCGUUACAUGGUCCAACAACGUCCAUACAGCCUAAGUAUGUGGAAUUGCUACUACCAAGUCGUCUCAAGGUCUGAAGCUCGCGUGCCAAGGCACCACAAGUUUAUGCUCCAGAUGCGGAACAAAUUCGCGGACUGUGUCCCUGCGAUGAUUAUUUGUGGACACCAGUUUGCUAUGAUCAGCCAGUCACAAGGCGCUCUUCGCGAAUAUCUACAGGCUUACAAGCAGCAGCCGGAAGACCCGUUUAUAAACCUCUGCGUUGGUGUGAGCUUCAUCAAUCUAUCACAGGGCUUUAGACUGAGCAAUCGAAACCAGUGCGUCUUACAAGGCUUUGCUUUCCUCUACAAGUACCAGCGUCUCUCAAAUCACAACCAGGAAUCAAAUUACAACAUCGCCAGAGCCUACCACUGUGUUGGUCUCGUUCACUUGGCCGUGACUUACUACGAGAAAGUUCUCCAGCACUUUGAGAAAGAUCGACCCAUCGUCCGGCUACCGUACGAAUCGAGUACGUUUUUAUCCCAGGAUUUUGUCCCCGAGGGACGAGUUGGCGGCCACUGCGACCUGAGAAGGGAGGCCGCUCACAACUUACACCUGAUCUACAAGAAGAGUGGCUCUCUCCAUCUUGCGAGGCAAGUUCUCAUGGAUUAUUGUAGGCCAUAACCAUUCCCUUGUAAAAAUACUGAUUAAGAUAAUAAAAGUAGUUUAAGCCUAAUAAAAAAUCAC